CUGCCCGAGCCUUUGUUGUGACGCACUCGCUGAAUUCACAUGGCACGUAAACACUGAACGCUUCCUUGUACUCUAUAUUUAUCUACAUUUAUUUUCACCUCGUUCAUCAGUUUGAUCAUGUCAGCAUCCGUGAUCCGAAGAGGACUUGAAUUAUUUAGCGAGAAAGAUGGAGUGAAGCGUAAGCAGAAGAAUAGCGGCUCUCGUAAGCCCGCGCUGAUGGAGCAGAUCAGCACCGAUAAACAGGGCGUUCAGAGGCGGAUCCGGCGGCUGCAGCGACCCGGAGGAUCAGCGCGGAGCACAAACACGGUCAAAGACAAGCACAUCCGGUCUGCUCUGGACGAAUACAGAAAGAAGCAGAAGAAGAGUCAGCUGAAGUCAAAUGUGGAGUAUUUCCUGGCCGCUGAUCAUAAAACACAGAGCAGAGACACGGGAAAGAUCGUCCAGCAGCAUUCGGGGCGGCGCUCCUGUCAUCGGCCGGAUCCGCCCGCCUCCAAACCGGAGGAGGAAUCCGUCUUCACUGAGAAGGACUUCCAGAAGUUCCAGAAGGAGUAUUUCUCAAAUCUCUAACGUCUGCAGAACCGAUGCAUGCUGUGGGACAAUAACACAUUUAUCAGGAAUGAUCUCCGACUGAAGCUGCGCUGCAGAUAAUCCUGUUUGACUGAACAACAGUGAUUGAUUUUUGAACUUUUGUUUAAAGAAUUUUGAUUGUGCAUUUUGAAAAACAAAGAAUUAGUAACUGGAAGUUAAACUAGAGACCCGUGUAAUUCUGCUGCUGUAAAACUGUGAACGGAGUACAGAAACCCAACACAUCAAUUAAAACAAACAUGUUUUUUUUUUUUUCUAAUGUCACCAGGAUGCAUUGAAAUAAAGAGAGAGUUCACCUGAAAAUGAAAUCUGUCAUGUAUUCACUGUUCCAAACCUGUAUGAGUUUCUUUCAGGUGUUUUCUAAAGAAUGAGUUGACGGCACCCAUUGACUUCCAUAGUAUUUUUUUCCAUACUAUGUAAGUCAAUGGGU